AUGGAACAAGAUAUUCAAAAAGACGAUUUUAGUUCAAAGAACAAGAACAUUCUUGGCUCCAGUGAGACCAAGUUGGGUCAAUCUGGAUCCAACGUAUCUGCCAAUGAUCCCCAAUACAUGAUGGGAGUGAGUGGAGGUGAAAAUAUUGGUCAAAAUAGAGAAGGUUACGAUCAACCUUCGAAUCUUCCUGGUGGAGUUGGAAAAGAUGACACUCACAAAUACAAGACAAAUACCACUACAUUGGAGAGAACUUCAAAGUUUAAAAAAGCUUUGUUGGAAACAUGA